AUGUGCGUCCAGUUUGACAGGUCUGGUCGGGGAAAGUCCGACUCACUCUGUGGUCUCGAGGAAGUGCUCUCCACUCUUCAACCGUCCGUUUUCAACGACGAACAGCUCUCCAAAUAUAAGGGUUUGACGUGGAAUGACUUCAUGGGUCAGUUUGAAGAGAGGAGAGCCUCGGGUUCAUCGAUGGUUUCGGGAUAUCGUCUAAAUCAGCCCUCGUACGAAAGUCGUCGUUCUUCAGCUAACCUGUCGAUUCCGGGCAAUACUCCAGUCAUUGUCGCACAUCAACCGCCUUCACCGCAGAAGAAGAAACAGCUGUUGAGAACGCAGACCUUUGACAGUACGAACUCCAGUGAUAUCAAUGAGGAGAACCAAUUGGCCAUAUCUGCUCACUCGACGCGAAGCCACAGUUGUGUCUCUCCGGUUCACAUACCGGAUAUCCGGCGCUUAAGUCGCGGUCCAUUGAAUCAGCCGAGUAUUGACUCCCAGGACUUGACCGAGAGUUUCGACACAGACAUGCAUUCGCCGCCGCACUCGGCUCUGAGUAGCGCGCGAUCCAGUAUUAUGUUGAGCCGAUCCGAACACAAACGCAAAGAAGCCCUUUGGGAUCUGUUCCAGAGUGAGAGUGUCUUUCUCUACGACCAUCUAAUGGUUCUAAAGAAUGUCUUUAUGGAGCCGUUGAAGAAGAUUCAGGUGGAGGGCUAUGCGAUGUUCGCCGAACCGGAAGUGCUGUUCGGCAAUUUGGACGAACUCUGUUGUGUCACUUAUGCCUUCUGUAAAGAGUUUCUCAAUGUUAUCCUCCAAUACGUGAACACCAGUACAGAACAAUGCAAUCGGGCCUAA